CUGCUAUUUAGUGAGUACACAACACUGGAAUUUCUAUUUACAAUAAGGCAAGGAGCCCUCACCAGCCGUUUGUAUCAGAUGAACUGGGUCUGCUGGGUAUGUAAGUGCAAACGCUUGGUGUCACUGCCUGCUGAACAUCCUUCAGCGUACUCUCUAAUCUGGGUACCCAUCAGCACUUUCAAAAGAGAUAUUUGAGAGACCAUGCCAGAGCAGAGCAACGACUACCGGGUAGUGGUCUUUGGUGCUGCCGGGGUUGGAAAGAGCUCCCUAGUGCUGCGCUUUGUCAAAGGAACCUUCCGGGAGACCUAUAUCCCCACCAUUGAAGACACCUAUAGGCAGGUGAUCAGCUGUGACAAGAACAUCUGUACCCUGCAGAUCACCGACACCACAGGCAGCCACCAGUUCCCUGCCAUGCAGCGCCUCUCCAUCUCCAGGGGCCACGCCUUUAUUUUGGUCUACUCCGUAAUCAGCCGGCAGUCCAUGGAGGAGCUGCAGCCCAUAUAUGAGCAGAUUUGCCAGAUCAAGGGCGGCGACGUGCAGAGUAUUCCUGUCAUGUUAGUGGGCAAUAAGACAGAUGAGACUUACCGGGAGGUGCAGACCAGUGAGGGUGAGGGCCUUGCCGCUCGCUGGAAAUGCUCCUUCAUGGAGACCUCAGCCAAGACCAACUACAAUGUGCAGGAACUGUUUCAGGAGCUGCUGAACCUGGAGAGGAGGAGGGCAGUCAGUCUGCAGGUGGAUGGCCGGAAGUCCAAGGCAAUGAGGACCAGAGACAGACUGAAGGGGAAAUGUGUCAUUAUGUGAUUGGCAAUAGUACUGCAUGGUAUUGUUUUAGCACUGGACAUUGAAUAAUUAUC